CCUCCGUCGAGGCCCCCCAGGGCCGCCCGGCGCACCCAGCUACCUGCCCAGACGCCUGAGCUGUCAGCCCCGGCUGGGCCAGGCCCCAGCGACCAACAGGCAGUCCCAGCGGCUGCCGCCCUGCGGCCCCCUGAAGUCUUCACGCUCAAGGAGAAGGGGACCCUGUUGCAGCUACCCACGGCCUUCAGGAAGGCGGCUGCGCAGAACUCCCGGCUGUGGGCGCAGCUCCGCUCUACCCAGCCCGGUGACCCUGCAGGUGUCGCUGCCGCCAAGGCGCAGUUCCUCCGGAAGAUGCAGGCUGCGUCAGGCCGGCCGGGGCUCAGCGCCGCAGAGGUGGAGGCAGAGGCGGGGCGCCUGUGGAAGGCCUGCUCGCUGCUGAGGCUGCGCGCGAGGGACGAGCUCGCGGCAGACCCUGCAGACUGGCUGCAGGAGUAUCGUGGGCUGCUCGCCCUGGAGGGGCUGCAGGCCCUGGCCGAGCGGUGUCUGCAACGGCUGCAGGAGCUGCGCGCGGCGGUGACGGAGCAGCAGCUGCAGCCGUGGCCCGAGGGGACGCCCUCCGCGACCCCGGCCCCCUGCGGAGGGGGCCCGCAGCUGCUGCUGUACUCGAGCACCAGGGAGCUCCAGGCCCUGGCAGCCCUCCGGCUGCGUGUGGCCGUGCUGGGCCGGCAGGUCCACCUGCAGAAGGUCCUGAUGGCGGAGCUCCUCCCGCUGGCGCGGGCCCGCGAGCCGGGCCCGGGGCUGUGCCGCGCCUUGCACUGCCUGCUCUGUGAGGGGGGCGAGGGCGUCCUCUGCGCCCUGCGGGACCCGCCCGCCCGCUGAGCCGCCGGCGCCGGCAGUGGGUGGCCCUGGCGCUCCCGGAGGCCCCUCGGCCCUUCUCUGGGCUGCAGACCGGGACGCGGAGCUGAGCGGCCUCCGAAGACGACGCAGAGACCCGCUGGCCCCGCCGCCCGCCUUCCUCUGGACUAAAGCUCGCUGGCGACUUCGCACUUCAGGGCUCUAGCAGUUCGAGUCCCCGGGUGGCCUCGGCCAGCGCCGGGCGGCCAGUGGCUGUCGCCCCGGGCGGGGGAGAUGCGAGGUGCUGCCUGCUCUGCUGGCUGUGCAGGCCCAGGCCUGCCCGGGAGCUGCGGCCCUGGUGGCGCCCACGCUGGCCCCCCCGGGGCUGGACACUGGCACUGGUCCUGGAGGAGCCGGGGAAGCCUGCCGCGGGGCCUUUCUGGGGGUGGGCACGGCGCGGCCUCGGCCAUCGGGCUGUGACCCCUGCAGUCAGACCCGGAAGCCCAGGGGCCACCUUGCACUGAGGGCUGCAGCAGGUGGACAGCUCUGGCUGUUGGCCCAGGGGCGGGAUGCCCAAGAGGGACGGGCUGGGCGGACUCACGCUGCUCCUCCAGGGCUCCUGUGCCCAUGCUGGGUUCUGCAGCUCCCUGUGCGCCCUGUCCCGGCAGCCCCGCCUCUGGGCCGGCUGAGUGCUUUGGGCAGGCGCCAGCCGCUGCUGCCCUGCUGCGGCUUUCUUGGGGUGGGGGUCUGGGUGGGCCCCUGGGGUCCUACGCGGCCGGGAGCCUGCCUGCCCUAUUUUGCGCUAGCCCGGGGGCAGGAUGGGGGUGCGGUCCUACCCGGGGCAUCACCACAAACCGACCAGUCCACUCGGUAGUGGCGCCCCAGUGCAGGAGCCCACCCAGGGUGCAGCCCCAAGGUCUUUGGCAUGUGCGCCCCAGGCCUGCCUGCCCGCCCGCCGCACUCCCCCUUGCAACCCCUCCCUGGCAUUGGGCAUGGGCCUGGGACCCCUGACCACCGAGCAGUGCCGGGAGCAGCAGGAGCUGAGACCCCUGAGCUUCGUGGGAACCCACCAGUGACUGCCCCUUUCCACCCCUGGCUGGUCUCUGACUGGCUGGGCACACAGGUGGGCAUGGGUGCCCGCGGACACUUGGGUGUGCAGGGUGACAGUAGGGCACAGACUCGGGGCGAGACGGCCAGCCAGCCAUGCCCGCCGGGCCCCCUGUGGUUGGAAGUCCAUCAAGGUAUGAUCCACUAAAUAAAGGUCUGGAUGGAUGUGAG